AUGAAAAGUGUUAACACAGUGAUAAUCUUGCUAUAUGCUAUACAUGUCACUAGCAGUAUUACCAGCAAGUUCAAAACUAAUUUAAUUGAACCAUACUGCUCAAACGAAGCUGUCUUACAAGCAAAGUUAGAGGAUGGAAGUGAUAACUCAACGGAGUCUACAACGUUUUGGAACACGCAGUUGCUGUUGUCACUUAACGAUACAUCUUGUUUUGUUACUCGGGUAGGUAUGAAAGGGUAAAAAUACACCUACACCAAUGAUUUAAUUCUUGUUAUUUAAAACUAAAAAUUUCAAUUUUUAAAUUUUGUAGAUUGGCCCGCGUACAACAAAUAAGCACGUAGUAAAGUUUUUACGUGUCGAACAUCAUUAUGGUAUUAUGGGAACAUAUGAGUUUGGUGUACCGCGUAUAAGACAAGCUUGCUUAUGUGAUUGUGAAGACGGAGAAGAUAUUUGUCGGUUAGAUGAGUAUCAUUAUAAGUGAGAUUUUUAAUCAUUUUUAAAGUUUUUAUAAAAUUAACUUAAAAAUUAAUAAAAAAUAUUUCAGAAACUGUACUACGUCCCCAGUAUGUUACCGCACUCUCCAACCUUAUCAAUCAAAUGCUGGUUGCGUAUCCUCUGGUGCGUCUUCUCUAUGUUGCGAAAUUCAAAUUGAGCCUUAUGAAAAUUGGAAGUUUCAAGCUGUCAAACUGAAACAACCAAGUACAAUAUACGUGAUACAAUACAAAGUAUAUACGACAAAAGGCAAGCAUACUACAGUGACAUACGACAAAAUAUUUAAUUUUACGAUGAAUAAGGGUAUUUCAUCGACGUCUCUGGAAAUUAUGGACCACGAAAUGGUUGGGUUGGAACUACAAUCAAAUCGACCACAUAGGCAACUUGAAUCUGGAAUGUAUUUUUGGCAAAAAGGUCAAAUUAAAAAGGAAAUGAGAGGAAAUGUCAGGCUUAAUGAGCCUAGCGAGAAUAGUUUAGACAAGUUGGGAUGGUUUAGAUAUGAAAAAGACAAUUGGACUGUGAGAAGAGGGCUAGAGAAGGUUACCAAAGCACAAGUAAGUACUUUUUUAGGGCAUAUUUACAAAAGUUUGUACAUAUAUACGACGGUGUACAUACGAACGAGCGGUUACGGGUAUCUAGGGGCAAUUUCAAUUAUGGGCGAUUUCAAUUAUGGGCGAUUUCAAUUAUGGGCGAUUCUAUUAUGGGCGAUUUCAAUUAUGGGCGGCCCAAGUUUUGUACUAAACUUAGAAUGGUACUAAAAAUGGUACAUUAUUAUUAAAAUAGUACUGAAAUGAAUUUUGGUCUUACCUGACCCUACCCCUGACCUUUUUGGCCCUACCUGACCCUACCCCUGACCUUUUUGGCCCUACCUGAGCUUAACCUUCAACUUCUUAGCCCUACCCAAGUCCAACCCUGACCUUUUUGACUAUACCUGACCCUACCCCUGACCUUUUUAGCCUACCUGACCCCAAACCUGGGUUGGACUUGGGUAGGGCCAAAAAGUUGAGGGUUAGGGUCAGGUAUAGUCAAAAAGGUCAGGGUAGGGUCAGGUAUAAUCAAAAAGGUCAGGGUUGGACUUGGGUAGGGCCAAAAAGGUCAGGUUUGGGGUCAGGUAGGCUAAAAAGGUCAGGGGUUGGGUCAUUUAGUACAGAACUUGGGCCGCCCAUAAUUGAAAUCGCCCAUAAUAGAAUCGCCCAUAAAUGAAAUCGCCCAUAAAUGAAAUCGCCCAUAAAUGAAAUCGCCCAUAAUUGAAAUCGCUUCUAGGUGGGCGUCACGGAACGAGCUUUUAAUGCAAAAUAAUCGUUUUUUGAUUUUUUUCAGCACGUUCAGGUAGAAAACUGCAAAGCUCAGAGGUACUUAAGUUCGUUUGAUGCUGAACAGUUUGUACUAGAUAUUGGAGACGAAAACAAACAUAAUUUUGAACUCGGAAAUGCGACAAUAGAAGUUGAACCAUGGGUGAAAGAUAUACGCAUACAAGACCGAGUAAUUGAAAUUGUUCAUGCUGAAGGCAACGCGCUGGCAGUAAGUGGUAUUUCAAGCUCAUUUAAUGUUGCUCACUAAGGAGGGGGGUUAAAAAAACAACAAUUCAUAUAAUUUUGAAAAAGUAAAAUUUAAACUCUAGAUAUUUGUGCGUACAAACAUACGGCCAGGGGUAAUGCGACACAACUCACAGCUUGGUGAUUUUAGUGGAACAAUUCAAUUGGAUAGUUCUUCAAACUGUUAUAUGAAUUUAACGUUUCGGGUAAGUCAUUGUUGCUUCUUUAUUUUUUUUUGAUUUUUGAAGAUUUUCGUUAAAACAUUAAAGACAAAUUUUUUUACAUUACUUUUUAGGACGUCCAAGGCCCAUUACAAGGUGAAGUUUAUGCUGAUGACUCUCGAAACUUUGCCGAGCUCUUUUUUCACAUUCAAGCAGGAGACCAGUUAGAGACUAUUUAUCGAUCUGUUGUUUCUUUACCGGCUUCCGUAAAUUCACGACGUGAAGUUUGCAUUCAUCCAUAUGGCGAUCCUCAAGCACGUGAAUGUCGUUGGCUCGAAUAUACCUCACAACCUUUACCAAAGCCAUCCGUACGCUCAUUAUGGACCUUGGAUCAAUCAGAAUGCCAAGGAUGCAAUGAAAGAGGUUUGGAGUCGUUUCUUGUCAACUUAAAUCCAACGCGAUGGUUUAACGGGUUGAACUCCAAAAUGGAAAUUACUGCUUUUGCAUUGGAAAUGGGUAUUAUGUUAGGAGUCGUACUAGUUUUGUUACUUAUGUGUUUGAAAUGCAUUGUGCCUUUAUGUUGUUGUUUAAAGUGGUCUUUAAAACCAGUCACAUACAAAGCAAGUAGUAAAAAACGACAGUUGAUCUUGGAAAAGUUUUAG